CAGGCAGAUAGUGAUUGUAUUGAGCGCAGGAGUCGGCAGUUGUGUGAGGCAGAACCGGCAGCAGGUGCCAUCUGGCUGCCUGUGAUGUCAGGAGUGGGCGUGGCCGGAGGGGAGUUCCCUGGGAGGCAGCGAGCGAUCUGUCAGCUGGGGAUAAGCCGGUGCUGGAGCCGGAGGGAAUAGGAGACAUCUGCCUGCAACACAAUGGGACACUGCGGGGACUGGAUGGAGCCCGUGAGGCCGGCCUCUCCUAUUCAUAUUCCUGUCUCUUAUUCAAAUCAAUGCAUGGUUGCUGGGGUAAUUAUGCCAAGUCAGAGUGGUCGGAUAAACCCAGCUGAGACAAUGGUAACCAUAUAGAAAGAGAGACAGUCAGCACUUCACAAUGCAGAAGGAUCUCAAGUCCAAAGACAUUUCAUGCUGGAAAGAUACAAGAUUGUCUUGGGGAGCAAAGCCGGAUGCCUUUACCGGGGGUGUGAAAUCAGCUUGAAUCAAGGUCCCACUAUAGAAGCUGUUGCUGACCACUUGCCUAUCCCAAGAUGGAUUACAAAUAUAUGGAGAGAGGGUGAUAUGGCUCCUCUUGAUCUGCAGGAUCUGGUUAAGCAUUACACAGAAUGCACGGGCAUACCUGGAAUAAAUAAGCUGCUUCAGUGAGGUCAACUCUGUACACACACAGUCAAGGUUUAUGAAGCAAAUGCGUCUAGGGAAAUGACCUGUGAAUGGCUUGUUCGGCUUUGGCUAUAAAGUGACAUCACGGCUCAAGGUGUCAAUGGAAUGGUUACAAAACCAACAAGCUCUCUAUGUGCACUACAGAUAGCAGGCUGCCUGGUGCAAAGACACAACUACUUCUUGGUACAGGGUUUGUAUGUUUUUAUUAUGCACUGCCACAUAUUGAAAUGUGCCCAAACUAUUUGAUAACAGGAUCAUUUUAGAAAAGUUUCCUACAAAGUAUUUUUCUAGAGCUGUUUAUAUGGAACCCUGAGAAUUUCUUCCCACCAUAUUGGAUCAAUUGACUGUUACGCUUGGGGCUUCCUAAAGGGACACUUUCCAUCUACAGCCAAAGACGAAAGUAAGAAGUGCCAUGGCAGAGAAGUGCGAGUAUAUUGCCAGCAUGUAUGGCUACGAUUUGGGAUGCCAGUUUGUGGAUUUUAAACCAUUGGGUUUUGGGGCCAAUGGAUUAGUUCUGUCGGCUGUCGACAGCAAGAACUGUAGAAAGGUGGCUGUGAAAAAGAUCACAAUCAGCGAUGGCCGAAGCAUGAAGCAUGCACUGAGGGAAAUAAAGAUUAUCCGGCGCCUGAGCCAUGACAACAUUGUAAAAGUGCAUGCGGUCCUAGGACCAAGAGGAGCUGACUUGCAAGGAGAUAUCUUAAAGUACAACUUGGUGUAUAUCGUGCAGGAGCACAUGGAGACGGACCUCACCCAACUGCUGGAACAAGGUCCUCUAACUGAAGAACAUGCUAAACUGUUUAUGUACCAGCUUCUCCGAGGGCUCAAGUAUAUUCACUCAGCCAAUGUGCUUCACAGAGAUUUAAAGCCAGCCAAUAUAUUCAUCAGUACUGAGGAACUGCUGUUAAAGAUUGGGGACUUUGGACUGGCACGGAUUGUGGAUCAACAUUACUCACAUAAGGGUUAUCUCUCCGAAGGGCUGGUGACUAAAUGGUAUCGAUCCCCGCGCCUUCUGCUGUCCCCUAACAACUAUACCAAGGCUAUUGAUAUGUGGGCAGCUGGGUGUAUACUGGCAGAGAUGUUAACUGGGAGAAUGCUGUUUGCAGGAAGCCACGAAUUGGAGCAGAUGCAGCUGAUAUUGGACACGAUCCCUGUGAUUCACGAGGAAGAUAAGGAAGAGCUUCUGAAAGUUAUGCCAUCCUUCAUAAACGCCACUUGGGAGGUUAAGAAACCCAUGAGAAAACUUCUCCCUGAGAUGAACUUGGAGGCUAUCGAUUUCUUGGAAAAGAUACUGACCUUCAACCCAAUGGAUCGAUUAACUGCUGAGGCUGCUCUACAGCAUCCCUACAUGAGUCCCUACUCCUGCCCUGACGAUGAGCCCAUAUCUCAACAUCCCUUCCGGAUAGAGGAUGAAAUUGAUGAUAUUUUGCUCAUGGAAUCCAGUCAGAGCCAACUCUCAAACUGGGACAGGUAUCAAGUGAGUCUGUCUUCCGACUUGGACUGGAGGUCCGACCUAAGCCGUGGAAUGAGCGAUGUCCAAAGGGACCCUCGAGCAGGGUCUGAACUGCAAGUAGAAGAAGCUCAAGUGGACCCACGCAAGUAUUCCCAAAGCAGCUCAGAGAGAUUUUUGGAACAGUCUCACUCUUCUAUGGAUAGGGUUUUUGAAGGAGAUUGUGGAAGGUCCUUCGAAUAUAAAGUGGGGUCACCUUCCUACCUGGACAAAUUGCUCUGGAGAGACAACAAGCCCCACCACUACUCAGAACCCAAGCUAAUUAUGGACCUCUCUAACUGGAAAAGAACAACAAUCCCACCAGCUGAUGACUUAACACUGCAAGAGGAGCCAUCCAACCUUUUUCUAGAGAUAGCUCAGUGGGUGAAGAGCACCCAGGUUGGUCUUGAGUGUCCAUCCAACCCACGUUCAGAGACACAAGAACUUAACCCACCUUGCUCUCCUAGACACGAGCUGCCAAGUAGUAUCAGCAAAGACGCAGAGUCUCAGUUUGACCUUGAUGUUUUUAUCACUCGGGCGUUAAAAUUAUGUACAAGCCAAGAAGACUUGCCGGACAAUAAACUGACUGAUCUAAAUGGAGCCUGUAUCUCAGAACGCCCAAACGAAAUUGUACAAAAGGAAACAUUUCAUAAAGACAGAUGGUAGAAAGAACAUCUUUGAGUAAUUAUGGGGGUUUUUUUCAUAAUGUUUUCAUAACGAAACACUAGCAGUUUAACAGAUGGGCUAUUUUAUUGAGCAUAUUUUUUAACCGUAAGACAUUUUAAACCUUACCCUUCAUAUCUCAGAAAUGGAGCGUUGCCAUAAAAUGACGUUGGUUUGUCUUGUGACCCUUUUACACUGAAGAUAACAAGCUAUUUUUGUCCUCUUUUGUGAAUCUUUACAAUGAAAGACCAGAAUAAAUGCUGUAA